GUUGCUGUGGCAACGGCCUGCUCUUUGUUAAAGGCUACAUUCCUGGCAUCUGAUGUGUCUGCGCUGCGAUCGAUAAAAACCCAGCCUACAGGCACUGAUGAACGGACUGGGGCUUUUGCCAGGCCAGGGAGGACCGGGGAGAGAGAAGGAGUUAGGUAGAGGAUGUGUGAACAGGAGGACGGAGAGAUAAAGCAGCGAUAGGAAGAAGAGGGGAAAGAAAGGCAGAGAUAUGGAGAUGCGAGCAGUGCAGCUGAUGAGCCGGGCGGAGGGGUGAGCGCUGUGGGAAAGAGAAGGAGUGAGUGUGCAUGGCUCCUUCUGCCUCAUCUCAGCUAUUUUCUGAAUGCCACUCACUUCACGAUCAAAGUAAGGACUUGUCCGUGAUGGUGCUCUGUAUGGACGAGAAGCUGUGCCAUGACAGAGGGCAACGUGGGUAAAAGAGACAUGCGACAUCCAGCCCCGCACCACUGCCACCUCUUCCUGGGCGGGGCCUUGCUGCUUCUCCUGGCCAGCUCUGCUCUGAGCUGCCCCGCCCGAUGUGAGUGUUCUGCCCAAAGCAAGUCGGUUAGUUGCCACCGCAAGCGGCUGCCCAGCAUCCCCGAAGGUAUCCCCAUAGAGACGCGUGUCCUGGACCUCAGUAAGAACAAGCUACGCAUCAUCACACCGGACAACUUUUCUUCUUUCCAGCAGCUUGAGGACCUGGAUCUAAGCGACAACCUCAUCAGUGUGGUGGAGCCUGGUUCAUUUCGCUCUCAGCUUGCUCUCCGCUCUCUUAACUUCCGCAGUAAUCUGCUUCAGCUGGUUCCUGCUGGUGUGCUGUCAGGCCUGACCAACCUCACCCGCCUUGAUCUCAGCCACAACCGCCUGGUGGUUCUUCUGGACCAUGCCUUCCAAGAUCUGCGCAGGUUGACAUCCCUGGAGGUGGGUGAUAAUGAACUAGUUUUCAUCUCUCAGCGGGCCUUUACAGGAUUACUUGGCCUUCAAAGUCUGACUCUGGAACGUUCCAAUCUGACUGUGGUCCCUACUGACGCUCUGGCUCAUCUUCACAGUCUGAUGGAUCUGCGCAUGCGCUACCUGAGCAUUAGUUUUCUUAAGCCUUUCUCUUUUAAGAGGCUAUCUCGUCUGCGCCAUCUGGAGAUUGAUUUCUGGCCCUGGCUGGACACACUGCCUCCCCUCUCACUGCACGGCCUCAACCUCACAACGCUGUUCAUAACCAACACUAACCUAUCUGCCUUCCCUGGCACAGCACUGCGCAACCUGCCCUACCUCACACACCUCAACCUGUCCUACUGCCGCAUCCAGCACAUCCACCAGGGAGAGCUAGGUCAACACCCACACCUACUGGAGCUCCGCCUUCAAGGGGCUCAGCUGGUUUCAAUAGAGCCUUUUGCUUUUAUGGGCCUCAAAUCUUUACAGCUACUGGAUGUGUCACAGAACCGCCUGGACUCUCUGGAGAGGGGAGUGUUUGCCUCACCAGACAACCUGCUGAGGCUGUGUCUGGGUGGAAACCCAUUAGUGUGCGACUGCAGAUUGCUUUGGCUGCUAAACAGCCACAAGCCUCCAUCUCUGCAGAUUCUGGACAUUCAGCCAGAGUGCAGCGCACCUGAGCACCUCCUGGGGAAAACUCUCCGUGACCUGAAGGAACCGCUAGUCUCCAGGUACAUGACCUGCACUAAACCACGGAUUGGACCUAACACGACACAGCUGCUGAUGGCUGAUGAGGGUCAGCCUGCCCGCCUGAGCUGCAUGGCAGAGGGAGCACCUCGACCCUCUGUGGUCUGGAUUACACCUCACAGACGUUACAUCACAGCUAAGAGCAGCGGUAGGGUGGAGGUCCAACCAGAUGGUACCCUGGAGAUCAAGGCAGCGGAGCUGCAUGACAGCGGGGUGUACUUGUGUAUUGCCAGUAACCCUGCUGGCAACGCUAGCCUAUCGGCCUCUUUAGCUGUGAAGAGUCUGGGCAUUGGGGACAGAUCUCACUAUAGCAACAGGAGCUCAAAUUAUCUGACAGACUCCAACAGCACAUGGGGGAAUGGGACAGUAUUGUACAACAUGACAGUUCCUAUUGAUAUUAAAACUAUCAUUAUAUCUACAGCCAUGGGCUGCCUGUCCUUCCUAGGUGUGGUUGUCUUCUGCUUCCUGCUUCUAUUUGCCUGGAGCCGAGGGAAAGGACGCCAUAAGAGCAACUUUGAUAUUGAGUACGUCCCUCGUAAGUCCAAUGGGGCUUCAGCAGAGGUGUCUGAAACAAGUGGCCCAAGGCGGGUCAACAUGAAAAUGAUUUGAAAAUAAUGCAGACUGACAGACACGAUAGCAAUGUCAACAACACAGUGCACACAUAUCAGCUGAAAAAAAAAAAGCUUUUUCUAUGACACAGUGGAUUUGUGACAAACGAAAGUGAUGUACUAUUAUAGUGGGUGUCGAUAUGGCGGUGAUCUAGUGAUAAAGUGGACAUGUGAAUAUAAAAGUGAUCUAUGAAACCGUGGACGUGUUUAUAUGAAAUAAUGUUCUCAUACAGUACACUGAAUAUACUUCUAUAACCAACAUAUCAAUAUGGGAGUGAUAUAGUGUUGCACUAGGCAUGUGAUUCAGUGGUGAUGUGAUGAGUAAUGAUGUUGUCGACUCACCGUGACAUCGAGGUGAAGGAGGGAGCUGCUGGGAGAGACAGGGGACAUCUUUGCGUGGCAGUAGAGCUAUCAUCGUUGCGACAUGUCAGGACUAAAUUGUCUAUUACCCAUCUUAGCUGCAGUAUGAAAGGUGUGUGUUGUGCUCAUGUGUGCACGUGUGCGUGUAUGUGUGCGUGCAUCAGUGUGCGCAUGUUGCAUUUGUGUGUUUCUUUGUGCAUGUGCACGCAUUGCCUUUCUUGUUGGACAGAACAAUUAAAGUGAAUGAUAGGGUCCAAAGCAUUGUUCCAGGCCUUUGUUCUUGUUCUAUCAUUGUAACAACAGUACGGUCACUGUUGAGUAACACAGAGGAUUAUCUAUGUUUGUAUGCAAAAUCACAUAUUUAAAAGAAAUGCUGCUGAAUUUUUGAAACAAGUCAAUGUGCCCCUUGGAAUGACUUCAAAAUUAGAUGCGGAUUUUUCUAAACUCAAGGAGAUGUAGUUACAGUGUGAGGUCAGAGCUUUGUCUUUACCAGAGAGCUCACUCUCCAGCAAAACAAGACGUUUUUUGAGAAACAGCAAUGGACAAUUGUGUUAUUGCUCGGGAAAAGCUUCCAGCUAUAGAAAUGGCAUGUUAAACCCAUUUUAUAACAUAAUAAAUCAUGGGCAGAUUUUCCUGCCAGACAAAUCCCUUGAUAUGAAAUAAAAGAGUCAGUGACCAGACACAAUGGCAAAGAUUUACUGGCCAGUACCCUCUUUGUGACGAGACAAAGUUCAGCUUCACAGAUUUAUGGGUUGAAUUCCCUCUUCUCUCCCAUUUUUCUUUGAUCGCACCACUUGAAGUGAGCGAGUCCGGAUUCUUUCCUGGGGUUACCAAGGGGUUCUCUGGGUAUUUAAUUGAUGGUAAUUUGAAAGUUGUCGUGAAAUCUUGUAUUGUUUAGGGGUUUUUUUCUUUUAUGUUGAAAAUGUUUUAAAUGUUUAGAAAAAAUACAGUAACUUAAUUAAGGGCAAUUCUUUGUAAUGCAGGGACGUGGGUGUUAACUUGUGUGAUUCUGUUGUGAUAAAAUGUUCAAGGUUGUAUAAUUGUUUUCAUAUGACAAAUUUAUGGGUAUAUUUUCAAAAGGAAAUAAAUCUUAAUUAUACCCCUAAAA